GUGUUGAAAUUGUUUUGUUUUGAUUUAUUGUUGAUUUUUAAAGACUAACUUGUCUUAAUUGUUAAUUAAUAAAAGUUAUUUUUAAUCCAAAAGGAAUUAUUGAUGAUUGUAAAUUAAGUUUUUACAUUGAUGAAAUAUAAUUUUGUAUUUUGUACAAAUGCACUGAUGCAAACAAUAAGUGAAAUGCAUAACCUAUAAAUUGAACGAAUUAACAAUUGUGAACGAUUUAUUGAAAUAAUUUUGAUUUUGUUAUUAUAAAGUUUUAGAAAUGUCUUUUCUAACAAGUCGACUUAUUCACAAUGUUAAACAAUCACCGGCUUUAAAAAAUAUGAGUACAGUUUACACGAAUUUUAGAAUAAAAAAACGUCCAGCAACAGUACUAAUUGACGAUCACGAAGUAAAACUUAAUAAAAAAACAGCAUUUUUACGAGAUGUAUUGGAAAAAGAUUUAAAUGUGACAAAACUUAUAAAAUCAAAAGUUGCUUUAACAUCAAAUGAUUGGCUAAAAGCACGCGACGAACUAAUGUCAAUUACAUUUAUUAAUGAAAAAAACAUUGACGCUAUAGUUUCAAAUAUUUGUUUUUCUUUUGACAAUGACAAUGCCUUUAGAUCCUACGUGGAUUAUUUAAAAACUAAUAAUUAUGAACUUAAUCUUUAUAUCAUGGGAACAUAUGCAUCUAAUUUGGCAUUUAAGGGAAAUUUAACAAAAGAAGAGAUGCAGGAAAUUUACAAUUUAUAUGAUACAUUGCGUCAAAAAUAUUCAAUUUUAGAUGGAAAUACGUGUGAUUGUUUUGUUAAUGCACUUUGCGCAACUGACAGAUGGGAAGAGUCUAUUGAAUUAUUAGAAAUGAUUUAUUAUACAAAUAAAAUACCAGCCAAAACGACAAGUACUAUAAUCAAGACAGCAUUUCAAAACAAUAAGCCAGAAAUUGGCUGGAAGUAUCUUGAGCAAUCUGCAGACAAUAAGUUUUACAUAUUUCCAGAAGUCUAUGCAAGUUAUUUAGAAUAUUGUCUAAAAACGUUUCAAGACAAAGAAUUACUUGAAAAAAAUCUUCUCAAAAUUUUACAAUUUUGCCACGAUAAAGAGACGAAAUUGCAUAAAUUGGAAUUAGAUAAUUAUUUGACAAUUUUCCAAAGUCUAGGGUAUACAUAUUAUGAUACAAUAAUAAAUGUCCACGGAACAUGUAUGCAUUGUUCACAUAAAUUGCCUUCGGCAGUGAUAAACCAAGAAGAAUUCAAGCAAAUGUCGGGAUUAUUUAUGAAAAAUGUUGUUAUCGGUGACAAUGUUUAUGAAAAAACAACACCUGCAGAAUUUAAAAGUUUUCUACUAUUUUUAAAAAAUUCAUUACCAUAUGAUAUUGUAAUUGAUGGAUUAAAUAUCGCUUUGUCUACACCAAACAGAGAGAAUAAGAUGAAAGCAGAAGCGAUAUCAAACGCUGUCCAGUAUUUUGUCAAUAAAGAUAAAAAAGUUGUUCUUCUUGGACGAAAGCAUAUGCUAAGGUGGAGUAAUAUGAACUACAUUAAACGUAAUGCAAAAAUAUUUCUAAUGGAUAACAGCUCACACGAUGAUCCACAUUUAAUAUACGCUACUUUAUACGGCGGUAUGAAUACUUGCUUCCUGUCAGGCGAUUUAAUGCGUCAACAUAAAACACUAUUGCCAAAGAAUAUGCAAAAAUUAUUUAAACUCUGGCAAUUGUCACAUCAAUAUUUAAAAGCACCUUAUUCAACUAAUAUUAGUUAUCCAGUCAAGUAUGAAGCAAUUGCACAUGAAGAUGAAAAUGGCUGGCACGUUCCUUAUUUUCUAGGCGAUUCGAUAAUUCCAAAAGACUCGUACAAUGCAACAAUUAAUUGGAUAUGUUUGAAAAAGAAAGUGUAAAUAAAAAAUCACAAUUUAUAUUAUUGCAUA